CACCUUUGCUGUGUGUGCGUGCUGCGACUUGUCAAAGCUGGGCUUGAUCCAAGUUGCUGUCUUCCGUAGACAUUUCUAUCUUUCCCAUCCAUUCUUUUCUUCCCACCGUCCCUCCCCCCCCCCACUUGAUGAGACUCUCGCGUCAUCAUCUGCUCUUGUGAACGGAUUAGUCUUAGAAUGGCCGCCAACGAUAAGAAGACCACCACAGUUACCGUCGCCUCCAAACGAAACUCGCAAGACUCGCUCGCCCCGUCACUAAAGACACCACGCACAGCCCGCUUUGCUGAAGCUACUUCCGUCUACUCGCCCAUCGACGCGAGAUCCCCGUUCGCGGAUCUGCCCACUAACCACUACAAACCGCAACCCCAGGUUUCCGACGUAGGCUUCGGCUACGUCCAAAGUGUCGAGAUGGAGGAGACAGACAAGAAGUAUCUGCCUCCGCCAACCCCCAUGACUCCUCUAAAGAGUGCCAUGAAAUCGCCUGGUGCUCCACCGCGGACUACCGAGACCAUGAUCCUCAGCCCCACCUUCCGAGAAGAGCAGAUUUUGGAGAAGAGGGAAGCCUUGACAGAGAAGGAGCAAGCAAAGGAUUUGAAAGUGAAGUUGAGGGUACGAGUGGCAAAGAUAUUCCUGCGAGGGAUCAACUUUGCCUGCAGUCUGAUCGUCCUUUCCAUGCUUGCAACCGCUUUCUCAAUCUUCAACGCCACAAAACACCUUCCGCCGAGAAAUAACCUCCCACCAUGGGCCGCCAAAACGGCAAUAUGGCCGCAAGUCACGCUCCUCGUUAUCGCCUGUAUCUCGCUAUUCAUGUCCAUUGUCGUUCUAAUCGCCUACUCGAGGGGAGGCCACAGGAAAGCAGAGAAGGUGGCAGCGUACUACACCAUCUUUGCUAUUGGCUUCUUCAUUUUCAGUAUCAUCAUGUGGGCAGUUGGCGCCGGCAUCUUAAACCAGAGCAAAUCUCAAGGCAAGGGCAAGGAUAUGUGGGGCUGGUCAUGUGUGGAGAACAAGCGGAAACAUCUUUUCGAGGACGAUGUUUCUUACGCUCUCGUCUGCCGUCUCCAGAACUGGGCCCUCGUUUGCUGCAUCAUCGAAGUGGUGAUCGAAACCCUAUGCAUCAUUAUCUACGCCAUCGUCUUCUUCCGCUUCUGGUCGAAGCGCAAGCUCAGGAAGUCCAUGGCCGUCCGUGACAAGGCUCGUUCUGAUCUCUACCUCGCUCAACUGCGCUCGCAAUCCGCUCCCAACACCCCAGGAUUUGGUCCUAUGUCCCCUCGCUCUGGCGGCUGGCGUCCACCACCUGGUCACCCAAAUUACGUAGACCCUCAUUCCGCUGCCGAGAACGGCGAGAGCGAAUCAGUGCAGGCGCAAUAUGCACGCACAAUCGUCCAACCACAGCCCUUCGCUCUCCAAGCACCGCCAAUCCGCAUCCAAGGCGCAACUCCUAAGGUGGAACAAGACGGAUUUGAUGCUCCUCCAAGGACAGGCACCGCAUCGCCCCCACUCUCCCCAGGCUUCGUCGAGAGGCAAAACGAUCACGUACCCGCAGCACCGGGCGAACAGCAAUACGCAGCCGUGCCCAUUCCUGGCUCAUAUGCUACACCGUUGGCUUCACCGUCACAUCAACCACAGCCAACACCUACCGCACAAGGUUUUGACUUCGGUCCUAGCGUGACAAGAAAUCACCAGUAAAACAAAAAUCCAAUUUCGAUGUCAUUGCUGCAUAGCCACGGGUUAGCGUUUUCGUUUCUCACUAUUCUCAUCUAGGCCCUAGUGCAUGGCUGGGUGGAAUAACAUGUACAUGAUUCACACUACUGGCCUCGGCCCCUUUUUCUUUUCACAUUUUUCUUUGAGUUUGAGUCCUCAUCUACUCUCUCGUUGAUAAUUCCUUUUCCUUUCCGGUGUUGUUGGUGGGCGAAACGCUGGGUUUUGCUUGAUACCUUGGGAAGUCUAUUCUUGUCUCUCGAAUACAUAUGUAGCGAAACGAAAAGGGGAGUAUGAAAGAGAUGAGAUGAAGGCGAUAUCCUGUCAGCACGCACGUUGUACAAAGUGUCUAAUCGAAGCGUAUGAGAAUCGAUUUUUGGGAAGAUGGCAGAACUGAAAUCUACCUAUCAGAUCAGACAAUGAUUACAAAAAAACUUGAC